GGCACAUUUCGGGCCCAGAGCGGAUAGCCCGUCCUUUCCGAGGGAGCACGCCAUCGUUGGAGCACGCAUAUUCGAGAUCGAGACGACAAUCCAACAGCAUCCAAGAUGGUGAACUUUACCGUAGACGAAAUACGUGCAAUGAUGGACAAAAAGAAAAACAUCAGAAAUAUGUCCGUCAUUGCGCAUGUGGACCAUGGUAAAUCUACUUUAACAGACUCCCUCGUAUCUAAGGCCGGUAUUAUUGCCGGUGCUAAAGCUGGUGAGACUCGUUUCACUGACACACGUAAAGAUGAGCAGGAACGAUGUAUCACUAUUAAGUCCACUGCUAUUUCUAUGUUCUUCGAACUUGAAGAGAAAGAUUUAGUUUUUAUCACGAAUCCUGAUCAACGUGACAAGGAUGAGAAGGGAUUUUUGAUUAACCUGAUUGACUCACCUGGACAUGUCGAUUUUUCGAGCGAAGUCACAGCUGCUCUCCGUGUUACCGAUGGAGCUCUUGUUGUGGUAGAUUGUGUAUCCGGUGUGUGCGUACAGACUGAAACUGUACUGCGACAAGCUAUUGCCGAACGCAUAAAGCCUGUUUUAUUCAUGAAUAAAAUGGAUCGCGCGCUGUUAGAACUCCAACUUGAUAGCGAAGAUCUUUACCAAACGUUUCAACGUAUUGUUGAAAACGUCAACGUUAUUAUUGCAACAUACUCCGAUGACGAUGGCCCCAUGGGUGAAGUCAGAGUGGAUCCCAGUAAAGGUUCUGUAGGUUUCGGAUCUGGUCUUCACGGUUGGGCUUUUACUCUAAAACAAUUCUCAGAGAUGUACGCUGAAAAGUUCAAGAUUGAUGUAGUGAAACUCAUGAACAGAUUGUGGGGAGAAUCUUUCUUCAAUCCUAAAACUAAAAAGUGGAGCAAACAAAAAGAACCCGAAAACAAACGAUCUUUCUGUAUGUAUGUUUUAGAUCCAAUUUACAAGGUUUUUGACAGCAUUAUGAAUUAUAAGAAAGAGGAAGCAGAUACUCUUUUGCAGAAAUUGGGUAUCGUGUUGAAACCCGAGGAUAAAGACAAAGACGGAAAAGCUUUAUUGAAAGUUGUUAUGAGAACCUGGUUACCCGCUGGAGAGGCCUUACUUCAGAUGAUUGCCAUUCAUUUACCGUCUCCAGUAACUGCCCAAAAAUACCGUAUGGAAAUGCUGUAUGAAGGACCGCUCGAUGACGAAGCAGCUAUUGGAAUUAAGAACUGCGAUCCUAACGGACCGCUCAUGAUGUACGUCUCGAAAAUGGUACCGACAUCAGACAAAGGACGCUUCUACGCUUUUGGCCGAGUGUUUUCGGGUAAAGUAUCCACCGGUAUGAAAGCUCGCAUCAUGGGUCCCAACUUCCAACCGGGCAAGAAAGAAGAUCUAUACGAGAAAGCUAUUCAACGUACCAUCUUGAUGAUGGGCCGUUACGUCGAAGCUAUUGAAGAUGUGCCUUCCGGUAAUAUUUGCGGUCUUGUUGGCGUUGAUCAGUUCUUGGUCAAAACUGGCACCAUCACAACGUUCAAGGAUGCACAUAAUAUGAAAGUAAUGAAAUUUUCUGUAUCGCCUGUCGUACGCGUGGCAGUAGAACCGAAAAAUCCUGCCGAUUUGCCGAAACUGGUAGAAGGUCUUAAACGUUUGGCGAAAUCCGAUCCUAUGGUUCAAUGCAUUAUCGAAGAGUCGGGUGAACAUAUCAUCGCCGGUGCCGGAGAACUGCAUCUUGAGAUUUGUCUGAAAGAUCUGGAAGAAGAUCACGCAUGUAUUCCAAUUAAGAAGUCGGAUCCCGUUGUGUCAUACAGAGAAACUAUUUCUGAACAAUCAAACCAAAUGUGUUUGUCCAAAUCCCCGAACAAACAUAAUCGUCUGUUCAUGAUGGCAUGUCCGAUGCCCGAUGGUCUUGCCGAAGAUAUUGACAGCGGCGAAGUUAAUCCGCGUGAUGACUUCAAAGUACGUGCUCGUUAUCUGAACGAGAAGUAUGAUUACGACGUGACGGAAGCUAGGAAAAUUUGGUGCUUCGGACCUGACGGCAGCGGACCGAACAUACUUGUCGACUGCACCAAGGGUGUACAAUAUCUUAACGAAAUCAAGGAUUCUGUCGUAGCAGGAUUCCAAUGGGCCACAAAAGAGGGUGUACUUUCGGAAGAAAACUUGAGAGGCGUACGUUUCAAUAUUCACGAUGUGACGUUACACGCCGACGCGAUUCACAGAGGUGGUGGUCAGAUUAUCCCAACUACAAGACGUUGCCUUUACGCCUGUCUUCUCACUGCCUCGCCCCGAAUUAUGGAACCUGUUUACUUAUGUGAAAUUCAGUGUCCAGAAGUUGCUGUCGGUGGAAUUUACGGUGUGCUGAAUCGCAGAAGAGGACACGUAUUUGAAGAACAACAGGUGGCGGGUACUCCCAUGUUCGUAGUUAAGGCUUACCUUCCUGUAAACGAGUCCUUCGGCUUUACCGCCGAUCUUCGUUCCAACACUGGCGGUCAGGCUUUUCCACAGUGUGUGUUCGAUCACUGGCAGAUCCUGCCUGGUGAUCCGAUGGAGCCCAGCUCUCGACCUUAUCAAGUCGUACAGGAUACGCGUAAGAGGAAGGGAUUGAAGGAAGGUCUCCCAGAUUUGAACGCAUACCUUGACAAGUUGUAACCUCAAAUUCGCGCACCGUAUUUAAAUACCUAUUUAAAUAUUGUAAUUCGAUUACUACCGCUGGAACUGCUGUAUACAAACUACAACAUUGGUUUACUAUGAAUUUUGUUUUUUGCGCAAUGACCCGUAAAGAAACAACAACAAUUAUAAAUACGGAUAAAUAAGGAUAAUAAAAUGUAAUUAUAAUGAAAGAAACCACGAGAUAUAAUGUGCAGAGAUUAUGUGUAUCUGCAUGUGAAAAUGCAAGAGGGCGAUAUGUUUUGUACGUUUAUUUAAUUGAAAACGGCAAUCGAUCUUUCUCUGUCUCUUUCUCGGUUGCUUUAUAUACAUAUUUUUUAUUAGCACAACGGAUGAAUAGCUAUGAUUGUUAUAUGUAUGUUUUAUGGCGCUUUUUUUUGGGCCAGUCUUGUUUAAACGAAGAAAAAAGAAAGACAAUUCAUUAGUCGUCAUUUAUAUAUUAAUUUUUUUUUUUUUUUUACUGUGGAAUUUAGUAUAUUUUGUCACUCACCGAGAACUUUUAAAUCGAGUGGAAUGCAGUUUUCGAAAUUGCUAUAAUACGAAGAGAAGGAAGCAUUACAACAAUGUACUCAAUUACGAAAAUACGAAGCAAUUAAAGAUUAAUGAAAUAAUA